CAGCAGUUUACGUGGUGCCGGUGCUGGACGCUCUCCUGUACGGGGCUAUUAUGGCGGUACCUCGCUGGAGCAUCGCCCUGCACGUCUCCUUGUGCUUCUUCCUGGGCGCGAUGGCCGAGCAGCUGUCCACCAGCGUCAAACUGGCCGCCGAACCACAGGGGAGACACCUCGCAGCCGCCGAGGUCCGGGAGCUGCGGCUACGCCAUGCGUCGCUGUGCCGUGCCAUCGGCCGCUGCGACGACCUCUACAAUUGGCUGCUCUUCAUCUGGUGCGGAGACACGGUACUGUGCUUCAUCUUCGGCGUGCCGUGGAUCAUGGCGCGCGCCGACGUAGACGAGCCAGCCGCCUACGCCGCGGCCUCCAUCGACGUCACCCUAGCCGUCGUCCUCCUCGUGGCCCUGUUAGUUGCGGCCUCAGAGCCCGGACGCUUGGCGAAGGACUCGCUGACGCCUCACGUGCUGCGCCUUGCGUGCUGCGACCAGCAAGCGGGAGCCUCUGCGUCCCGCACGCAGGCCGAGGAGGUGGCCCUGAAUCAGGAGCUUUUGAUGCUGUCCACAGCCGUGCGAGGAGCGCGCGUGGAGAUGUCGGGCUGGAACUGCUUUGACGCGCACCGCGGCAGCACCAUCACCGCCAUGUCUAUGCUGGCCACGUACGCGGUCCUCGUCUACCAGAUGCUGCACCACAUUGAGUGAGGCCGCCUGCGAGCUAGGCGAAAAACACGUCGCAGACAUUGCGAAGAAUUACGUGACGAGGGCGCUUUUGUGCACAAAAUAGUGCAUAGUGAUUAGUGUAAUAGACAGUUCAGAAUUGUCGACUCUGGCAUGAGGGUCAUGUUCACCAUUGGUUGCAAUGAGCAGUGCGCUGUAAAAAGGCCAUGAAAUUUUUUU